UAUGGAUAUGCAAUGUUGUUCUGCUCUAACUAAUAUUCCACAAAUGUAUUUCCUUAAUUCUUUUACAGGGUGGGGACUGAAAGCACAAAACCAGCAUAACUAGACUUACAGUAUAGGUGUAAAUAUAAUGAGAUUGUGACCAGGUGCAGCAGAAGACACACAAAGAUACUUAUUUAAGCUUUUUACAGUCAAGGUCUUGCAGGUGUUUUUAUGACUGAGAAGUUUGCUCUGGCUUCCCAUCUCCGUUUCUGACUCAAACUGUUCCUGCUCAGGACAAAGUGAACACUAACUAAACAUGGAAACAUCCCCAACCACAAAGAUAAAGGAGGAAAGAGAAAGCCAAAAGGGUCAUAAAGAAGACCCUGAGGAGGGACCCUCAAAAAUCAGUCUGCAACAGAAAAAAGAAGGGGAAAGUCGUUCUUUGACAUUCCAAUACGACAACAAAACACAUGGAUUGACAUGCAAUACAUCUCAGACUGUGCUUGAUGCACUAAAGACUAACCCAGCUUUUACUGACAUUAGAAAGACGAACCAGGAGAAAGAAAUUGUAAUUAGAAAAAACAAAGGAAAAGGUGCCGCUGUGAAUACAGAUUACCCCUGCAUGCUCUUAGAAUCAAAUGAAAUCUUGAAAAUAACGUUCAUAAAAAAAGAAGAAAAUCCAGAGGAACAGCCAAACACAAGUUAUUCAUGCCCUAGUGAAGACUUAGUCAGCUUUAAUGUUAAAACUAAAGGAGGGGAGAAUGUCAGGCGUUUAAUGAGAAACAAUGCACUUGCAACAUCAGGAGUUGAUUAUGUUUGUGUUUAUGCGUUUAAGGGAGAGAAAUUUGAACAAGCUCUUAGGCGUGAUAAACGAUUCAAAGAAAUCAUAUUCGGGAGAAACUGUGAGCUAACCGACUGUGAUAGUGAGACAAUUCAUCAGAUGUCAGAAAAUGUAGAUAAGCAUAACAAUAAGAAUUUUGAGGUGAAUGUAACUAAAUACAAACAACUGCAGGACAGCAAAGAUACUUCAUCCAAAGACAAGACUACAGCAAAUGUACCCUCUGAUGCUCAAGAAGAAAUUCAAGUGGACCCCAGCCAGCAUCCUGCCAACACCGCACAUGAAAAUACAGAACAAAGCACAAGUCAAUCUGGAACUGCAGUCAAAUGGCAACCUAUACAAGGAUCUGAAGAGAUUCUGAAACUUCUGCGUGAUCAGUUUAAGGUUUUACUAAAGCAGCUAAAGGAGAGAGAGAAACGUAAAACCCCUGCGCAGGUCAGACAGUUCUACAGAGAAGAAUAUGAUAAAAGCUGUCAGAGUUUCUCAGAGGUAAAGACAAUGAAAAAGGUCAUAAAUCUCUCAAACUCUGUGUGUCAGAUUCGAUUAAACGGGUCUGCCAAAGCAACUGGAUUCUUGCUCUUCAACAAAUUCAUCCUCACUAAUGCACAUGUGAUUGGGUUCGGUAACUCUAAAGUGUUCAACCCUGCAGAAUUCAAAGCUGUAUUUGGUUAUGAAGACUUGGAUAAUAUUGGAGCCAAGUAUGUACAGAUCAUAAAUCUCACAUCAUCUUUUUAUGGCAAAGACGAGAAGGGUAACCAUCUUGACUAUGCUCUUCUUGAAUUUAUUGAACCUAGGUUGAAUUCAGUUGAGAAAAUGUCUGAAUUGUUGCAUCAUUACAGAAAUAACUCACCUAAUAACAGAAGUCAGAUCUGCAUUGUAGGUCAUCCAGAUGGUAAGGUAAAGAAAAUGGAUCCGUGUUUCGUCAUUGGGAGAGAAAAUCGACAAGAGGCUGAAGACCAACACGUAUCUGAAAAUUUUCAAUUCUUUCAUGUUAUGACACAACGGUCUUUGGAGGAGAAAUGGCAGCUUCAUAAGAACCAGAUAACUUAUGACUCUUGUUUCUUUCAUGGAUCUUCCGGCUCUCCGGUUUUUGAUGCAGACUGCAAACUGAUCGGUAUUCACACCGGUGGCUAUGUGUACCCAGGAGGAGGUGAAAAAACUAGGAGUGUUAUGGAAUACGCUUAUCCCAUGCAGCCCAUACUGGACAACAUCAAAGCACAGGCUCGAAUAAAAGGUAAUCAAGAGAUCAUAGACAUCUUAAAUGGUUACAGCGAUGAAGAGAUGGAAAUCGGUUAAACCAUUUACUUAACCCUGCUUCUGUCUCUUUGGGGGGAAAUUACUACAAAGCUGUCACUGCGAUUUACACUGAGAUUUUCAAUCCCUAAACACAGACCCAAAAUUAUUUUAAAAUGUUGCUAUUAAUAAUAAUAGUAAAUGUAAGCUCUUAAUAAUAUGAAGGAUUUGUUCUACCCAUAUGUAGUUCUUUGAGAUCUUGGUUUACCCUUUAGUGCCUCAAGAAAGAUUAAAAACGAUGACCAUGCUUUUGCAAUCACAGAUUCAAACAGAUGAGGUCCCAUUAUUCCUGCCCACAAGUCUUUACUAAAGACAUAACUUUAUCUAUAGCUUUUAUCUUUGUUUAUCUUUUAGCUUUAUGUUUAAUGUUUUUACUUAUACUUUAAUAAGCAUUUUUUUCAUUGCACUUAUGUUUUAAAGUGGACAUUUAAUGAAAAUCUGACUUUUUUCAUGUUUAAGUGCUACAGUAUAAUUGGGUCCCCAGUGCAUCUAUCAUCCUCCUAGACAAUGUGAAAAAGAUCAACCCAGUAACUUAGUUUUGAUAAACCAUUCUCUGCAAGCAUGUGGAAAAAUAGGUCAUUGAAAUUUGGCUCCCCUUGUGAUGUCAGAAGGGGAUAAUAUACCGCCCUUUAAUCUGCACUAACCAACCAGACCACUGCCAUUUAGUGCAGAGAUCAGCUCAUUUGCAUUUUAAAGGACACACCCAAAACAACAAAUUUUUGCUCACACCUAUAAGUGGCCAUUUUAACAUGCUAUAAUAAAUUAUCUGUAUGGUAUUUUGAGCCAGAACUUAAAAUACAUACUCUGGGGACACCAAAGAUUUAUUUUACAUCUUUAAAAAGUCUUGUAAAAUGUUCCCUUUAAUCUAUGUUUUAUUUUCUUUCCUGUGUUUGUUUAUUCUUUUAGCACAAUACUUUCUCUAGAAUUGUUUUUGAUUGAUUGAUUAAUUGAUUACAAUGUUUACAUUUAAUCGAAUUAUUAAUUACAUAUAUUCAUUCAAUAUGAAAUAAUUGAAAUUUACUGAACAAUGUUAUAUUGAGAAUGGUGUCUGUGUAAGGUUUAGGUUUAGUUAUAUUACUAUUUAGGUUCAGUUAUUCACAUAUUGUUUUAUUAUACAUAUUUAUUAUAUAUCUUUACACAAUGAUUUGCUUUGAUUUUGUCUUGAUGAAUAUUUUUAAUUAUGCAUAAUAUAAAAGGUGAUGUUUUGAACUUUAUAACAUCUCUGAUGACACUUCAGGUGACUGUUUGGAUUUAUCAUCACACAAAGCUUUUCAUCAUCUUUGUCUGAAAAUGUGAGUUUAAUAAAGGGGAAUAAUCAUUAACGUUUCAUUAUUUAAAAAACAAGAUAUUGUCUCUAAAUACAAAAAAAUAAAUAUAAUCAAUAAUUGUUAGUUUAUUUCUUCUGGAUUACACGAAGUAACUUACAAAAAGCCUAAAAAACUUUAAAGUUAUGGGGUUUGUCAAACUGCAUCAGUAAUUGAGCAAAAACACAAAAACGCAAGAUGGGUUUUCCUCUUUAAUCCCUUUGAUAAGACUAAGAUUUCCAGGGCCGAAAGUGCCCAAACAAAAAACACACUGUACAUUUUACAAGGGAAACCGCAGACAAAAACA